AUGACGACAAAAUUUGGUAACUCUGAUAUCCACUUCAACAAGGAGGUUGACGAGAUUGACGAAGAUGGUGUUUUGGUCAUCAAUAGACACAACAGAGCACAGGCUAAAUUUCCCGAUUUUUUGCCUACAUGGGACCCAAGACAAAAAUAUCCACCUUUGAAAUUUGAGAAAUACAUUGACCCAGGUUCCAGAGCUGACCCUUCAUUCCCAAACUUGUUCCCCAAAGGUGGUAAUUACAAAGCAACUAGAAUCACCCCGAAGUUUGGUACUGAGGUGGAUGGUAUCCAGUUGUCACAAUUGAAUGAUGCUGCAAAGGACGAAUUGGCUUUAUUUUUAGCACAAAGAAAAGUAUUGUUGUUCAACGAUCAAGAUUUUGCCCAACAUGGACCAGGUUUUGCAGUUGAGUUUGGUAAAUAUUUUGGAAAUUUACACAUUCAUCCAAGUUCAGGUUCUCCAAGAGGUCAUCCUGAAUUGCACAUUACAUACAGAAGACCAGAAAAGGGCGAGUUGGAGAGAGUCUUUCGUGACAGAACCACCAACACGUCUUUCCAUAGUGAUGUCACUUAUGAGAUAACUCCUAGUAGAUUUACAAUUUUUCAAGUGUUGGAAAGUGGUGACGGUGGUGAUACUGUUUUCGCUGAUACAACUGAAGCUUACAGAAGAUUGUCACCAGCUAUGAAGGAGAGAUUGGAAGGUUUGCACGUUUUGCACACAAGUGAGGACCAAGCAGCCAACUCCACGUUUCAAGGUGGUGUUGAAAGAAGAAAAGCUGUUUCGAAUAUUCAUCCAUUGAUUAGAGUUGAUCCAGUCACUAAAGAAAAAUCAAUUUAUGUCAAUAGAGCCUUUGGAAGAAGAAUCGUUGAAUUGAAGAAAGAGGAAAGUGAAUACUUGUUGAAUUUCCUUUAUGAUCUUAUUGAAAGAAGUCACGACUUACAAUUGAGGGUCAACUGGGAAGGUGGAAAGAGAAACAAGGUUGCUUUGUUCCACAACAGUGGUGUUUCUCAUACUGCUACAUUUGACACUGAGGAUGGUGAAGUUAGACAUGCUUAUAGGAUUAGUGUGUUGGGUGAACGUCCUAUAGGAAAGCUCGAGGAUUUGAACAAGGAAGAAUUCACCACUGGCGAUUUAGAACAAGCUUUGAGAGCAGUCAAGCCAAUUUAA